AUGGAGGUUGACUCCAUAGCACAACAUAUUCCACCUACUAUAGAAAAUAAGAGUUAUUCUUUACUGUGUGAUAUUGUUCAACCUUCUGGAUACCACGUAAUGGAGAGUAUUCCACAAAGAGAAGAAAGCAGAAGUGAACAUGGUACAGAGAACGAAAAAGGUGACAUGUCUUUAAGAAAUGAGGAAAACCUUCCCAUAAAUGACUCCUCAUCCUUAACAUGGUAUUCUAAGGAGAAACUUGAUCACCUGUCUUUAACAAAUCAAAAUGGCCCAAGUAUUAUCGGUAGCUCUCCUUCGCUUGAUGGAUUUUCUCCAGCCUGUGCUGAUGAAUUUUCAAUUCUUAGUUCGAGUAGAAGGGAAGAAAUAGGAAUGCUUUCAUUCAAUAUUUAUAAAAUUCAUAUAGAGCCAUAUACUCCAUUCGUUCUGUAUGACAUGUUCAAUUCAACUGACUCAGGAUACCUUGAUCAUUUUAGCAAAUUUUGUAUUCAUCUCGCCUCAGUAUCGUCUUCCACGAACCAAAUACCUCUCAGCACUAUAGACUUAUUAUUUGAAGUGUUUAAAGGGUAUAUGGAGGAUGAUAGCAGGUAUAUAUUUGAUGAGGUGACAUUAUCCUUCUUCUUGUUACUUCCUUUGAGAAUAAGGAUUUCUGAUAAUAUUGUUCAAAAGCAUCUAGGGAUGUUUAAUAAGUUUUACGAAAAGAACGGUAAUUCCUUACCCAUAAAUUUACUUGUUGGGGCGCUUACUGUUGAUGCAUUCUAUUCAUUGCUCAAAGGUACAUGGGUGUUAACAACAAAUACAUCUAUUUUAAAAGAAGUAUCUAAUUUUGUUGGGACUUUGAAUAAAAAAUGCUUCAACUAUCAUUAUUUAUCAGUAGCCUGUUUUCUAUAUAAAUUAAUAAUGGUUGUUUCAAAUAUAAAGCUUUCAUACGAAGAACAAAGAAUUGAGAUGCUACAUCUCGAGUAUGAAAUGUUGCUAUGGCCAGCAAAAUUAACUCGGGAGUUAUCCGUUGUCGAAGAUGACUUACUAGCCACACCAGAAGCUUUCUUUUUACAUGUUAUACAUAACACUUUAUUAAUAGAGUUUUAUUCCAAUGCACUUAGAUACAAAAAUAAGUUCGGUAAAAUGAAUUCUAUCUUUGCAGUCCCGGGCUUGUAUCAAUUUAUAGCUGGAAUGGCAAAGAGUAAUUUUCGAUUAAAUGAGGGUCUUGUAGGAAGAUGGUCUUUAAUUGCAAAUUGUCAAUUACAUACAGCCAAGCUUCUACUUGGCUUGUAUGAAGUUAUGGAGUUUGAAGAGUUUAUUCUGGCUUUAAGAUUUUACAAGAAAUCUACUAAUGUUUUCGAUUACGAGUUUCAAGAUCAUAUAUUUUCUCAAGUUCAAAAAUUAUUGACUAAGAAUAGUUCAUACAAGUUGAGUGAUGAUGAUAAGGAUGGACCGAAAGUUUUUUGGGUGUUCAGAGAUGUUAGAAGUAUGUCACUUCAAUUAUAUAUUGAUGAAUCAAAGGAAAGACUUCAUUAA